CCUGUUUACAAAAUUAAAGCUUACAGUUCUGGUUGUACACGAUAAACUGGGACGUUUUCUGUUUUUGUAAUUAGUUUAAUUAAUGACUAUGAAGAUCUGAUAUAGGAUCUGCAGCACUGUAAACAGACUCAGCUCUUUGUACAACUGUACAUCCACAAGAUCCCAAAAACAAUGUCAUUUCGGAGAGACAGAAGCAUCCGUGAAAUGUAUGAGGAGAGGUUUCAUGCAGAAAGACCUGGCCCCUACUCAAGGGGAGGUGGUGGGGAAAGAAGACACCAUUUUGGACGUUCAGAUGAAGAUUAUGGCCGAGGCUAUGACUAUGACUCACCUCGCUUUUUCCCAAAUGGUGGCCCACGAAAAUACCACAGUGAAGAUCAGAGGGGCUACCACGGUGACAGCCAUCAGUCAUUUAAUAAUGAUGCCAGAGGUGGCCCACCAAAUCGAAGAGAUGACUACUCUUAUUACCGAGGACCCAGAGAUGAUCCUCAUUCUGGACGUCCAACAGAUUACAGGGGUGGUAGUCGAGCUGGUCCUCAUUCCAGUGCUCGAGGCCAGGGCUCGCAUCCUGCUCCUAGAUCCUUGUCAGCUCUGGGCCCUGAUGAAGGCGAUGACACACUGAUCCAGGCCGUCAUAAAUCUGGACCGAGGAGAGGAGAAGGAAGGUCCCCGUCGGAAAGCACCCCAUUCUUCAGUGCGCGAUCGCUCCCCUAUUCGGCGGGACGUACCUCCUUCACCUCACAGCCGCUCUGGUUCCAGCAUCAGCAGUCGAAGCUACUCCCCUGAGAGAAGCAAGAGCCACCAAUACCAGCCUCCUCAGGGAAAAAGUUUCGAAGAGCCAUUUGGCCCUCGUAAAAGUGCUGACAGGGACAGAGCCCCAGGGCCGUCUGCAAACGCAUCCAGAGAUGGAUCACCACAUAGCUCUGUAUCCGCUUCCAAGGAAGAGACACCAGCAAUAGAAGUUCAACCAGAGGAACCUGUAGCUCCUGUAGAGGAAUUCUCUACCGUUAUGGAUGAUUUUCAUGAGCGACGAUCUCAAGCCAUUGCAACUAAAGCCCGGGAAAUAGAAAAGGUGUUUCGUCAGGAUUGCGAGACCUUUGGAAUGGUGGUGAAGAUGCUUGUGGCAAAAGACCCAAGUCUGGAGAAGCAUCUGCAGAACCCACUGAAAGAAAACCUAAGUGAAAUCCGUGAGCGAUGUCUUGAGGAUCUGCGACACUUCAUCUCAGAACUAGAUGAGGUAGUACCGGAACCUGGUGUCUGAUGUAGCUUUGCAUUCGACUAACUUUUCUUGUGUUCUGUGAUUGUUUGGGGAAAAAAAAGUAUUUUCAAAUUGCACUUCUUUUCUGUGCUGAGGACACUAUGAAAAUAUUUUAACCUUCACGUACAUUUAAAAACAAGGUUAAACUUCAUACAUGUUAACAGGAUUUGUACUGCUCCAUGUUAAAGCUAGUAUUAAUAAAGCACAACUAAACCCAGUGAAUAUGUGUUAACUGACACAAAAUAUAUAUGCCAUGUUUUGUUAAUGCUAUAUUUUCCAAUGGAACAAGCAUACAAUGGAAUUUAACCAGGGGUGUUGCAUAUAUAUAUAUAUACACCUACACACCAAUUUAUUAGGCACAAUUACAUGGUUACUUUAUGGCCUACACAUACUAUAUAGAUGCACUUUGUAGAUAUACACUUACUGACUGUAGCUCACUAAUUGCUCUAUACACUUUCUUACCCCCCUCCACCUCAUUCAUCAAUAGAAAGGGACCCGCUAACAGGCCCACACUGACCACAAAUUAUUUGAGUAGUGGUCAAUAUUCAGUACUGCAAUAAUUUUACCAUUAUAGGGAUGCUGUUGGCAUGCUGUCUAUAAUUUUACUAGAAGCACUAUACUCAUCAGCAGUGACAUUUAGAUCUUAUUUGCUGGUCCACCACUUCUCAGCACUCAAGAUCUUGAGUUCGAAUCUCAGAACUGCUUUUAUCCUGGCCAGGCGUCUAACAUGCACAGUUGUCUGUGCCUGAGGAAUGGCGGUUGACAGUGUUCCUCAUUGCCGCUGCAAAUGCAUCCUCUCCUCAGGCAGGUGAAAAGAAGCAGCUGGUGACUUAUCCUCAGUCAAAAUAGGGGUGGUGUAAGCAGCAAAUGACUUCAGGAAUCAGGAAUGGGAAAUUACUAGAUUGGCAGGAAAUGCAAAAAAAUACAGCAACCUGAUACAGCAUUCUAGUACACCACACACUUCCAUGCCAUGCAGUUCUGAGUUUCCUCUUGUAUUUAAGAAUGAGCUAACAAAUUGUACAGUGCCACAGAUGGACCACAGUCAGUAAUUGCUUUACCCACAAAUGGCAUCUUUAUGGUAGGUGCAGCUUAUAAAAAAAACCAAAAAAUGUAUAAGCAGGAUAGCUGACCUAAUAGAGUGGUGUGUUGGUGUACAUUUCACACUGAAUGAUUUGGGAUCAAGAAACACAUUUUGUGAAACAGUUUAAAUUCAGCAUCCACAUCAUCCACAUUUAGCAGUAAUUAGUGCAACUAAAGACCUUUUUUAUAAUUUAUUAGUCAUGUACAUUGCAUCUAUUCAGGUCAAGGUUUUUGACUAGACGAAUGACAAUCUGUUCAGAUUUUCUGCUGAAUGUCCAGUUAUUUUCAUACUUUAGCUUAACAACAGAUGAUCUCACAUGUUCAUUAAUUUAAUUUCAAAUAAAUAGUGUCUAUUUACUUUCCCACCAUAGCAGCAUGUCAUCCAUUAAAGCACUCUGAAACUAUUACAUUAGCACCAUUAUGUUUGACUGUUGCUUUAAUGCUAUAUAUGAUAUAAAAUGCUGUAUUCGGCUCUUGCCAGACAGGGAAUUGUGUUUUACAAAAUGUUCUUUCCUUGUGUAUACACUAUAAUAACAACAGUAUUACUGAAUUGAACUGGAACACCAGUUGAGGCUUUCUUGACCAACAUCAGUGCCCAGCCAUACAAGUGCUCACUUGGCUUAAAGGCACAAAUUCCUACAGAGCAGACAUACUUCAAAGUCUUGUGAGAAGUCUUCUCAGAAGAGUGGCUGUUGUUAUAGCUGAAAAGCUUACACAGAGGUCACUCUAUUUUAAUACCAUUUAUUUUUUAAAUGGUCAGGUUGCCAAAUAUUUUGGGAUAUAUAUUGUGUAUCAUAGUUUGGUUUAUGAUCCCAAGUCAUCCAGUGUAACAAAAAAUGCAGUAACAGCACUGUAUAGAUACAUAAACUGUAUAAGGGGCAGUUAAUGACCUACUGAUCACCUUGUAAUUAAACAUUACUUGUGAUGAGCAUUCAGGAGGUUGUAUUAUCAGUUUAGACAUGUGUCUUCUGCGAAAUCUUGUCACAUUUUCUGGAGCUUAAAGUAUUGUCCAUUAAAGGCAUUUUUGUGUCAUCUUUUGGGAGAUUUCUAUUUGUAUCAUUAGCUGUCUUUUUUCAUGUUUUUUCCCUGCAGAAUCCAUUUAUCUGUACCUGAACAAAUGACAUGCUACUUUGACCUCUGCUGUGAAACUGUCAUAAUAAAGU